AUGCAUUGUUUGAGUUUAUCCUAGAACGAGAACUGAAAUCAAUCAUCCGUAGAAUAUAUUUAUUCUCAGUUAAAUUGAGGCAAGAACAAUUGGUCAAAUCAGUGCUGUUCCUUCACAAUGUCCCGAUUUUCAGGAUUUGUCGUGUUUCUCGUCAUCCUCUCAAUGCGUGGGGUGGCCCCUGCUCCACCUCAAAAUUGGCUAGAACAUUGGUUCGAACAUGUCCAGAAUUUGGACCUGGUCUUUGCCGAUGAUGAUGUCGCAGUAUACUUUGAUUCUGACGUUGAUCGCUCCAUCACGUGGCCGAAUGCCUUCAUUGGGAAUGUGUGGCGUUACGUGAAGCGGAAUUAUGGGAAUUUUGGCACCGAGAAUAAUUUGUACGCCAUCUUUCACACGGCAAAGUAUUCGGGAGGACAUCCAUCCACAUAUUUCGACGCGAGUCACGAUUUCAGAAAUGUGAUUGACGUGGGUUCUUCGUCCCCCACGGCUUGGCUGUCCGGUCAAGGCAACGACCUGGACAUUGUUACCCACGAAAUUGCCCACGUCGUUGAAGGAGCUUCCCGCGACGUCCAUGGCUCACCUGCCUUCCCAAUUUGGGGUGACUCCAAGUGGGCCGAGAUCUUCAACUAUGACGUGUACUUCAAACUUGGCAUGCGACAGGAUGCUGAACGCUGGUACAAUCUAAUGAUCCAGGGAAGCGAUGAUUUUCCGUCCACCGGAACCUUCUGGUUUCGUGACUGGUUUUACCCGAUCUACUCGGGCCAUGGAGAGACCUUCGUCCUCACUCGAUUCUUCACCCUCCUCGCGACCUACUACCCACAAAGUGGGGGCAGCUACUCUCGUGACAUGAAUAUUGGUGAGUUUGUUCACUUCUGGAGCGGAGCGGCCACCAUGGACCUCAAACCUCUGGCAACCACAGCAUUCAAAGGAUGGAGGACCGAAUGGGAGCAACAGUUGGUCCAGGCCAGGCAGAACUUCCCCCAAAUCCCGUACACCCCAACCAACUAAUGACCAAAUAAAAAUGCAAUCCUUUAAAUAAAUUGAAAUUUAAAAACUG